UAGGGCUCCUCGCCCUCCCGCAAUUCGGGAGCGCGCGAUUGUUGAGGUGUUUUUGGAUUUCCAAUCGUCCGGGCCGCCAUUCGGUUCUCUCAGCUGCUGCCGCGCGCAGGGGCAUUGGCGCCGGAAUCAGACGCUCCUCUUCGAUUUUCAUGGCAAUGCCGUCUCCAAGAGGAAAUCUCACAGCAUUGUGUUCGGGAUCCAAGAAUCCGGGGCCCGGGAUCACGGCAGAGCCUUCGUCCGUCAGGAAUGCGAGGAAGAAUGUCAAUGACAAGGAAUUUGUUCCUGUAAGAAGCUGGCGGAUUUGAGGAAAUUGAUGAGCGAAUUGGGCGUCCAAGCUUACAUCGUGCCUUCGGAGGACGCUCACCAGAGUGAAUUUAUAGCCGAGUGCUUCACGCGACGAGCUUACAUUUCAGAUUCACGGGAAGCGCAGGAACUGCUGUGAUCACCAUGGAGAAGGCUGCGCUUUGGACGGAUGGUCGAUACUAUCUUCAGGCUGAGAACCAACUUGGACUUGAAUGGACGCUCAUGAGAGGUGGCUCUGUUGGCGUGCCUUCAUACAGUGAGUGGCUCAGAGACAAUCUCUCUGAUCCUCCACGAUGGUGCGGAGGAGCUCAGGCGAACCUUGUCAGCCAAAGAGAUUCAACUCACUUUUGUCGAUCUCAACUUGAUUGAUGAGAUUUGACUCGAUGGGAGACCUUGACAUUGUCCGCAAGUCUCCUCUGAGAGUGCACGAUUUGAUUUACGCUGGCGUUGAUGUCGCGAUGAAGCUCUCGGAUGCGAGAAAGAAACUUUCCGCAGCUGGUGCUACUGGCGUCGUGAUAACCAUGCUCGAAGAAGUUGCAUGGCUGUUUAAUCUUGUAAGUGAACGUCUGUACUUUUCUCUUCUGAAUUUUUAUGUUUCAGUGUGGUGGCAAUGUCCCUCAUUC